AUGGCUGAGACCCACACCCCAGAACCACCCCAGAUGGCGUAUAGCCGGGGCUACUCCACAGACGUCGAUACAAUUCGAGAGCAAGAGUACCCAUUACUGAACGAAACCACAUACCUCGAUCAUGCGGGCACUACCCCAUAUGCCAAGUCCAUGAUUGAGGCUUUCUCGCGAGAUAUGACCUCGAAUCUUUUUGGAAAUCCACAUUCCAUGUCAUUAUCAUCACAAAUUUCAACGCAACGCACUGAUAAUAUUCGACUUCGGGUUUUGCGCUUUUUUAAUGCAGACCCAGACGAAUUUGAUCUUGUCUUUGUUGCAAAUGCGACUGCUGCCAUCAAGCUUGUUGCAGAUUCCAUCCGAGAUUCAGACCACCGCGGCUUUUGGUAUGGAUAUCAUGUUGAUGCUCAUACCAGCUUGGUUGGGGUGCGAGAGGUAGCAGACCUAGGGCAUCAAUGCUUCCAAGGUGAUGCUAAGGUAGAUGAGUGGAUUUCCGAGCUGGCUACAGCUCAGACCAAAGCCCCUUGGCUUUUUGCAUACCCUGCACAGUCAAAUUUGAACGGUCGCCGUUUGCCUCUCAGAUGGAGCAAGCAGAUCCGAUCAGCUGCAGAGGCAUCCGGAGGCAACGUAUUCACGUUGCUUGACGCAGCAUCUAUGGUAUCCACUGCUCCGCUGGACCUGAGCUCGUCAGCACCGGAUUUCACAGCCCUUAGUUUCUACAAAAUAUUUGGCUUUCCAGAUCUAGGUGCCUUGAUUGUCCGCAAAAGUGCCGGUCGAGUUUUCGAAAGACGAAAAUAUUUUGGUGGCGGGACCGUUGACAUGGUCGUGGCUGCAGGCGUACAAUGGCACGCCAAGAAGGAAGCCUCUCUUCACGAGCGCCUCGAGGAUGGUACUCUACCAUUUCAUAAUAUCAUUGCAUUGGAUGCUGCCAUGGAUACCCAUGAGCGUCUAUAUGGUUCAAUGUCCAAUAUCUCUUCACACGCGGCAUUCUUAGCCAAGAAUUUGUACCAGCGCCUUUCAAUGCUUUCACAUUGGAAUGACACUCGGGUCUGUCAAAUAUACCAAAAUAACCAAUCCCCAUACGAGUGCCCGCUUACUCAAGGUCCGAUCGUUGCCUUCAAUUUACGCAACAGCCAGGGCGACUGGGUUCCUAAGACCGAAGUGGAGAAAUUGGCGACCGUACAGAAUAUUCAAAUUCGUACUGGCUCUGUUUGCAAUCCUGGAGGCACUGCUGGCUCCCUCGGCUGGACGGGAGCGGAAUUGCGUCGCAAUUAUACGACAGGAUUGCGCUGCGGCGACGACAAUGAUGUCCUAGGAGGCCGCCCGACUGGUAUUUUGCGUGCCAGUAUCGGCGCCAUGACCACUAUGAAGGAUAUAGAUGCCUUGGUCGAUUUUAUUGUUGAGUUCUAUGUGGAGAGUAUUCCUCCUGUUGUCUCCGUGAACCCACCUGGUGAAACUGAUUCGGUCGGUCGGCAUUUCUACAUUGAAAGUCUUUCAGUCUUUCCUAUCAAGAGCUGUGGAGCUUUCAAAAUCCCGGAGGGUAAAAAAUGGGAAGUUAAGAAAGAGGGUCUCGCUUGGGAUCGAGAAUGGUGUCUGAUUCAUCAAGGCACUGGUGCAGCCUUAAACCAGAAGCGCUAUCCACGAAUGGCUCUUAUCAGACCAUCUCUUGAUUUGGAUCGCGGCGUACUCCGUAUUUCAUGCGGUGUGAUGAAUGAUGCCGUGAGCCUCGAAAUUUCACUUGGGUGGGAGGACACUACACUAGUAUCCACAUCUUUGUGUUCAAGCACUACGAAGAGGACCAUGGUGUGCGGCGACCGGAUUUCUUUACAUGCAUACGCAUCGCCAGUUGUAUCUACAUUCUUUUCCGAUUUCCUCGGCGUCCCUUGUACCCUGGCUCGAUUCCCUUCACAAACGACCAAUCGGUUUUCACGACCGGCUAGGCUAUCCAGUACUUGGAAGAGCAAAUUUCGCAAACUGAUCAUGCCUGGCUCCUUCCCACCUGACUUUCCACCACCCGCACGUGAACACGGUCAGAAUCCUCUUCUACUUUCAAACGAGAUGCCCAUCCUUGUUGUGUCUCGGUCAUCCGUCAACCGUUUGAAUGAAACAAUCAAAGCGAAUACAAAGCAUGGCGCUGGCGCCAGCAAGGCUGUGGCUGCUGAUGUAUUCCGUGGCAAUAUCAUUGUCGCCGAGCGGCUUGUGCAAAUGGGCGAUGCAGAGCAACCUUAUAUCGAGGAUCAUUGGUCAUCGUUGAUGAUAGGACCAGACCAGCUUCGCAUGGAUGUGUUAGAGGGCUGCCAACGCUGUCAGAUGGUCUGUAUAGAUCAAUUCAGUGGACAGAGGCGUUCCGAGCCGUUUUCAACCCUUGCAAAGACGAGGAAAAUGGACGGAAAGGUUGAGUUUGGUAAAUAUGCCGCUCUCUCUGGAGAAGAAGAUGAGGUAUUUGAUUCGGAUUCGCCUGAUCGCCGGACGGUCAUGGUGGGAGAUGUUGUUGUGCCGAGCUUUCUCGACGACUAA